AUGACGACUCCUCCUCGUGGGGACCCUGCCCCUGCCUCUGGCCGCACCUGCGAGGAAGCGGCUGCCCUGGGCUGGUACCUGCUCACCUGUGUGCAUGAGCUCUGGGGGCAGGCAGAGCUGUCCCUGGAGCAGAGUUUGCUGGGCUUGCACCGGGGGCGGGGGAAGCGGCCGUCGGGGAGAGGGGUGGGAGGGGAGUCUCCUGGGUAUAGAUGCAGCCUGUCCUGGGCCUGCCUGACCUCCCUCUCUUCCUUUCCCCCAGGCCUCGCCAAGCCCAUCGGCCUGGUGGAGGGGCCAGGAGGCCUGGGCCAGGGUGGCUUGGCGGCUACCCUGCGUGAUGACGGCCAGGAGGCGGAAGGCAAGUAUGAGGAGUACGGCUACAACGCUCAGCUCAGUGACCGCAUCUCCCUGGAUCGGAGCAUCCCCGACUACCGGCCCAGAAAGUGCAGACAGAUGAGCUACGCCCAGGACCUGCCCCAGGUCUCCGUGGUCUUCAUCUUCGUCAACGAGGCACUGUCGGUCAUCCUGCGCUCCGUGCACAGCGUGGUCAACCACACGCCCUCCCAGCUCCUCAAGGAGGUCAUCCUGGUGGACGACAACAGUGACAAUGUGGAGCUCAAGUUCAAUCUGGACCAGUAUGUCAACAAGCGGUACCCGGGCCUCGUGAAGAUCGUCCGCAAUAGCCGGCGGGAAGGACUGAUCCGCGCCCGGCUGCAGGGCUGGAAGGCGGCCACUGCCCCAGUCGUCGGCUUCUUCGACGCCCACGUCGAGUUCAACACGGGCUGGGCGGAGCCCGCACUGUCUCGGAUCCGAGAGGACCGGCGUCGCAUCGUGCUGCCAGCCAUAGACAACAUCAAGUACAGCACGUUUGAGGUGCAGCAGUACGCCAACGCUGCCCACGGCUACAACUGGGGCCUCUGGUGCAUGUACAUCAUCCCCCCGCAGGACUGGCUGGACCGCGGCGACGAGUCGGCGCCGAUCAGGACCCCGGCCAUGAUCGGCUGCUCCUUCGUGGUGGACCGCGAGUACUUCGGAGACAUCGGGCUGCUAGACCCUGGCAUGGAGGUGUACGGUGGCGAGAACGUAGAACUGGGCAUGAGGGUGUGGCAGUGUGGUGGCAGCAUGGAGGUGCUGCCCUGCUCCCGCGUGGCCCACAUCGAGCGCACCAGGAAGCCCUACAACAACGACAUCGACUACUAUGCCAAGCGCAACGCCCUGCGCGCCGCCGAGGUGUGGAUGGACGACUUCAAGUCCCACGUGUACAUGGCCUGGAACAUCCCCAUGACGAACCCAGGGGUGGACUUCGGGGACGUGUCUGAGAGGCUGGCCCUGCGCCAGAGGCUGAAGUGCCGCAGCUUCAAGUGGUACCUGGAGAACGUGUACCCGGAGAUGAGGAUCUACAACAACACCCUCACGUACGGAGAGGUAAGAAACAGCAAAGCCAGCGGCUACUGCCUGGACCAGGGAGCGGAGGACGGCGACCGGGCGAUCCUCUACCCCUGCCACGGGAUGUCCUCCCAGCUGGUGCGGUACAGCGCUGACGGCCUGCUGCAGCUGGGCCUUGGGCUCCACGUUCUUGCUCCAUGUCUGGGGGAUGACGGCAGGGCCGCACGCACACCCUCGAGGAAGUGUGAGGAUUGGCAAGGCCACAGCAGGCGGCUGUGGGACUUCACCCAGAGUGGCCCCAUUGUGAGCCGGGCCACGGGCCGCUGCCUGGAGGUGGAGAUGUCCAAAGACGCCAACUUCGGGCUCCGGCUGGUGGUGCAGAGGUGCUCGGGGCAGAAGUGGAUGAUCAGAAACUGGAUCAAACACGCACGGCACUGACCCCACCUCUGCCUGGACCCCCACGGACCUCGGGAAGGCACUGGGCCAAGCCAGUGUGGCUGAGUGGCUGGGGUAUGCCCAGCAGACACAGCAGGGCAGGGCUCUAUGUGCGGCCAGGACAGCAGAGGCCAAGGGGCCGGGGUGUGGCUGAGUGACCAGGGUGUCAGCCACUGCAGCUGGAGUACAGCUCCUCCUAGGACAGGCGGCUCUACCCAAGGGAGGGCGUCUGGGGACAGUGACGCCGACUCAAACACGUGCCUUCUCCACGGUAUCUCCUGGCCAGGCUGCUGGGACAGCCGCCGCCUCUGCAUGUACCACAGCCCCCUACGCCCCACAGGGUGGCCAAGCCCCAGACCAGGCGCCAGGCGGCGCCCCGGCGUCCUCCACCCGCGGCCUCCCAUGCUCCAAGCAGCCUCCCCCAGCCCUUGCAACCGCUCAGCCCUCCAACCGAGACCUAAGUCACACGUCACAACGCAGCUCAUGGUCUGGUAAGAGGGGUGCUGGGGGACAUGGACGGCAACAAACCUGCAGCUGUGUCUAGGAGGCUGGUGCGACUGCCUCAGCAGAGACCAAAUAAAGAGGAUUAGGCAGCAGC